CACAGAGCAGAGGGUUUCAGCGGAGGCAGAAAAUACUUUGAUUUUGUUUCCGUUUUUUUCUUAAAAGACGGCCGAAAUGAUCACAUCCAAACCUCCCAUCUCUCUGUUUUUAAAAUGGAGAUGUUUACUGUUAAACCUGGCCGUCUCGUUUUAACAUUACUAUGGAUACGUUAAGUGAAAGAAGAACUUAAGAAAAACUUUCCCAUUCUCCGAUCCUCGGAGCGCAGCACAAUGGACUCCAGACAGAGGAAGCGCUCCGGAGGAGGGAGGCUAUGGAGGCUUUGCUUUUAUCUAGCGUGCUUCUCCUGUGCGUCCGCUCAGCUCAGCUAUUCCGUAUCGGAGGAACUAAACCCGGGAUCUGUCGUUGGGAAUAUUGCUAAAGAUUUGAGCCUUUCUGCUCAGGGGAUUGUACAGAGGAGGUUGCGAGUGGUCUCGGAAUCAUCAACGCAGUAUUUUGAGGUAAAGCAGGCGACCGGCGAGUUGGUUAUCAAACAAAUAAUUGACAGGGAGCAAAUGUGCGAAUUAAGUCCAGUAUGUUCACUGCACCUUCAAAUACUACUGGAGGACCCUUUAGAUAUUCAUCGAGUCGUGGUGGACAUUCUGGAUGUGAAUGACAAUGCACCGCAGUUUUCUAACAGCAACAUUUCUCUGGAGAUAUCAGAGGCUGCCGCUCCAGGCACAAAGUUCCGUUUGGAGAGCGCACACGACCCAGACGUGGGUACAAACUCGUUGCGCACUUACCAUCUCGCAGAAAAUGACUUUUUUAUUUUGAAUGUCGAAACGAAAAGUGACGGCAGUAAGUUUCCAGAGCUAAUGGUGAAUAAACCUAUUGACAGGGAGACGCAGGCCUCGUUUCGCCUGUUGCUCAUUGCUGUAGAUGGGGGUCAGCCCGAGAAAUCUGGCUCAACACUAAUGCUCAUAAAAAUUCUGGAUGUAAAUGACAAUGCUCCUAUCUUUGAUGAGCAGAAAAAGAAAGUUAGGCUUUUAGAAAAUGUGGCAAGGGGCACUUUAGUUACGAAAUUGAACGCGACUGACGCGGAUUCGGGUAACAACGGAGACAUAUCUUUUCUGUUUAGUAAAUACUCACAGGAACGCGUUACCAACCUUUUCAGUGUGGAUUCUAAAAGCGGGGAGAUCCGUGUGAAGGGUGAUGUGGAUUAUGAGAAAGGCAAUGCAUACCACAUCACAGUGCAGGCCAGAGAUGGUGGUUCCCCCGCCAUGGAGGGCUCCUGUAACGUCAUAGUGGAAAUCAUUGAUGUGAAUGACAACGCACCAGAGGUGACCCUGACAUCACUGACCAGUCCUAUCAGAGAGGACUCAGCACCAGAGACUGUGAUAGCGCUCAUAAGUGCUAAGGACCUGGACUCUGAUGUUAAUGGGCAGGUUACAUUAACUAUCCAACCAGGUUUGCCAUUCAAACUCAAUUCAGCUUUUGGCAUGCAUUACAGCCUCACCACUUCUGGAAAUCUGGACCGUGAGACUGUCCCAGAGUACACAGUGGUCAUCAAGGCCACUGAUGCUGGCUCCCCUCCGCUUUCAUCACAAACCACCUUUGUGGUGAAGCUCUCUGAUGUGAAUGACAAUGCCCCCACCUUCUCUCAGCCUUCAUACUCCGUGGACAUCCCAGAGAACAAUGCUCCCAGUGCUCCCAUCGCUGCUGUCUCAGCCACUGACCAAGAUCUUGGAGAAAAUGCUCACAUCUCUUACUCCAUCCUUCCCAGCAUGGUCCAGGGCUCAUCCAUCUCUUCAUACGUCUACAUCAACCAAGAGAGUGGCCACAUCCACAGCAUGCGCUCUCUGGAUCAUGAACAGCUUAAAGCUUUCCGUAUUGAGGUGCAGGCCCGGGAUGCUGGGGUGCCCCCAAGGACAGCCAAUGUUACAGUCCAUGUGUUUGUGGUGGAUGUGAAUGACAAUUUGCCAGUGAUUGUAUACCCCUACUACCCAAAAGACAAAGGGUUAGAGUUCACUGUGCCCCUAUCUGCCGACCCAGGGCACCUAAUAAAUAAACUUGUAGGGGUGGAUGCAGACAGUGGGCACAAUGCAUGGUUGUUUUACUCCAUCGCCCCUGGACCAAAUGCUGGCAUGUUCCGUAUUGGACCACACAGCGGUGACCUCCGCACAGCCAGACAUUUGGCAGAGGAGGAAGUUGGCUCCACUUAUGACAUUGUGGUCAUUAUUCAGGACAAUGGUGACCCACCAAAGUCCAGCUCUGUGAACAUUUCAAUAACUGUGGAUGAGAAGGCCACGCCCAAGGAUGCUCCUCCAAGCCCCCGCCACACACCCUUCUACCACCGCACUGGGAUGUCUGACAUUACUUUGUACCUCAUCAUCGCUUUAGCCUGUGUAUCAGCGGUGUCCUUUAUCACCUUUGCCGUCCUCAUGGUACGCUGCCUUAGGCCCCGUGGCCAUGGGCUGGAGGACUCGGACUGCAGCUGCUGCUACGGUCGCAACAGGCCCAGCCGCUACCAUCAGAGGCCAAGCAAGGACCUGCACCUGCAGCUAAAUAGUGAUGGUCCCAUACGCUAUAUGGAAGUCGUAGGAGACUCCCAGGACCCUCACACACGCACCUACAGGCCGUGCUACUCCACCAUAUCCAGUCGGAGUGACUUUGUAUUUAUGAAGACACCAAUGAUGAGUCACAACAACACACUCAACAUGACACUCAGCAGGAAGCACCUUAUGAACUCAGCCAGUGAGCAAAAGCCCCCCAACAAUGACUGGCGCUUCACUCAGGGACAGAGACCCGGACCUAGUGGUCCCCACAUGCCAUACGGUACACACAUACGAUGGACGCCGAAGAGUGGGACAAGUGCAACCGGAGGACCCGAGGUUGCCAUGGGAACUGGCCCCUGGCCCCAGCCCCCAACUGAGGCUGAGCAGCUCCAGGCCCUGAUGGCUGCAGCUAACGAAGUGAGCGAGGCUACGGCCACCCUGGGACCCGGCACCAUGGGCCUGAGCACCCGCUACAGCCCCCAGUUCACCCUGCAGCACGUGCCCGACUAUCGCCAGAACGUCUACAUCCCCGGUAGCACGGCCACCCUCACCUCAAACCCCCAGCAGCAGCAGCAGCAGGCCACUGCCCAGCAGGCAGCCCAGCAGGCGCUGCCCCCGGCCCAGAUGGCGGCCCAGAUGUCGGCCCAGAUGUCGGCCCAGAUGUCAGCCCAGAUGUCGCCCCAGCCCGAGCCCCCCAAGGCCGCCCAGACCCCUGCCUCCAAGAAGAAGUCUACCAAGAAGGAGAAGAAGUAGAGUUCGAUGGAGAGAGAUGGAGGAAAGAUAAACCCGCCCUGACCUGAUGAGAAAUUCAACCCCCCGUACCCCCCCCCCCCCCCCCCU